AUGCGGCUAAGUCGGCGCAGGGUGCUGCAGCAAAGUUCGUCGUCGGAUAGUGACGGCGAGCCCAUAGUGAACGCCCUGCGGGCCGCGGCGGCGACCAAGGAGGAAGCCGAAGAAGCGGCUGUUGCCAUGGGUUCGGUAGCCCCCACGGUUGUUCCGGCGGUGGCGACUAAGGAGGAGUUGGCGGGAACCCCGCGGCCGGCGAAGGCGGAGGUGAAGGUGGAGGCGCCUGCUACACCUCGGUCGACGGCACGUGGGCGGAGAAAGGUGGUGUGGACGGAGAGCCAUUUCGAGCCGAUCAACACGUGGUGGGAGAAGCCGCUGAAGCGGAAGGGCGACCCGCACUGGCGCUACUUGGAGCAUAGCGGACUGAUGUUCCACCCGGCGUUUGUGGCGCACGGUAUCCCGAUGCGCUACAAUGGAUGGUCUGUGCCGUUGCCGCCGCUGGCAGAGGAAGUAGUCACGUUCUGGUGUGCGGCGCUGAACAGCGACUACGUGAACAAAUCUGUUUUCGUCCAGAACUUCUGGAGCGCGUUCCUCAAGUCGCUCCCGCCGGAUCACGUGCUUUUUAGCCCGCGGCUCGUGGAGCCUCCCGCCGUGCCCGACUCGCUGGCGCCGUCUACGGCGGGCGACACACGUGUGUGCGGAGACACAGGUGUGACGAGUCCGCCGGAAUCGUCCGGCGAGGAGGACGUGCCGUUGUUGAAGCGGCGGCGGCUGGAGACUGUGGUCCCGCAGUUCGAGUUGGCGGAGUUCGGCGCAAUUGCGGAGUACCUGACGGCCCGUCGAGAACGCGAGAAGGAGGAACGGCGGCAGCGGACCAAAGAGGCCCGUUUGGCAGAACGGGAGGCGAAGUUGGUGGCGGAGGGUCGAUACAUGUAUUGCCUGCACGACGGGAUCCGGGAGAAGGUGGCCAGUUACAAGGCGGAGGUACCGGGUUUAUUUCGGGGUCGCGGUGAGCAUCCGAAAAUGGGUUUGCUGAAACGUCGAGUGUUACCGGACGAGGUAUGUCUCAAUUUGUCCGAGACAGCGCCAGUACCGCGAGUGCCAGAGUGGCUACGGGGUCAUGCAUGGAAGGAUGUGUUCCAUGACCCGCAUGUGACAUGGUUAGCCUUUUAUAGGGACACAAUGAUUGGCACUUCUUUCAAGUACGUGUUUAUGGGUGCCUCUUCGGCUGUGAAGGGUAGCAAGGACUACAUGAAGUAUGAGUUGGCACGCCAACUUAAGACCCGGAUCACUGCCAUCCGUCGUGAUUACACUCGAAAAAUGCUCUCGAAAGACGCAAUCGAGCGGCAACUAGGCGUUGCCGCCUAUGUUAUCGACGCACUUGCACUCCGCGUCGGAAAUGAGAAAGACCGCGAAGAAGAAGCCGACACCGUAGGCUGUUGUUCACUCCGCGUUGAACACGUCACAAACCUCGACGAUGCCGCCUGUCAAGUCACUCUAGACUUCCUCGGCAAAGAUUCCAUACGCUAUCUUAACACCGUUAAAUUGGACCCACUCGCUUACAAAACCUUCAAGGAACUCACAAAGAGGAAAAAAAAACAGGAUAACAUCUUCAACCUCAUACACCCUGGCUCACUCAAUAGGUAUCUCAAGGAACUCAUGCCUGGCCUCUCCGCCAAAGUAUUCAGAACAUACAACGCCUCUUUCACCCUACAACGAGAACUACUCGCCGCAGACCCACUGGCCCAAGGGGAACCAGCCCCCGGCCCUCCUAAGGACCGCGACGGCUCCGGAAACGGAGACCCCGGGAACGGAGACGACUCCGGGAACGAAAACGGAGACGACUCCGGGAACGCAAACGGAGACGACUCCGGGAACGCAAACGGAGACGACUCCGGGAACCGGAGUCGUCAGAGAGCGGAGAACAUCUUCGGGAACAUUAACACGGCCAAGCGCUUCUAUGAAGACGCAAACCGCACCGUGGCCAUCCUCUGCAACCACCAGCGGUCCGUGUCCAAAACGCACGACACCAGCAUGGCCAAGCUCGUCAAACAGUUUAAGGCGCUCCAACUCGACAUUCUCGAACUACAAGCCUUCAUAAAAGCCACGCAUGAAAACCAGGACACCACUGUUUGGGACUGGGUACCCACACCUAUCCCCAACCUUCUCGUAGACCUAGAUCUAGAUCUAAACGAAGACGAACCCCCAGACGAGGCCGAAGGACCAAGACAGUCCGUCAUCAAACCCAACACGAAGCUGGAUACUGCAGUCAACAAACUCGCUGUCCUCAAAGCCCGGUCUGUGACUCAAGAACUUCGAAUCAAAAUGAAAGACGAAAACAAGACCGUCGCCAACAACACCAGCAAACAACAUUAUAUGGACCCCAGGAUUACCGUAGCAUUUUGCAAAAGGUACGAUCUGCCGAUUGAGAAGUUCUUUAACGCCACCUUGAUGAAGAAAUUCCCCUGGGCAAUGUUUGCCAAAGGGGACUUUGUUUGGUGA